AUGCAAGGGUCAGGGAUAAAUCAUGUACUGAUUGUCGCAGCAAGCUAUCUUGUCACAAAGUUGCACCGCCUACGACUACAAACGGAAUAUUGUUCUACAGCAGCCUACUUCUUGCCUAUUAUUGUCUUGUCAUCCGCAACGGAAUUGCAAUUUUAGUUGACAACGGUACAUUGAGUCUCUCUGUGGAUUGGGCACAUUGGCGAGAAAAGAAAACCUGGAUUUGCACAUACGCAAUUUACGCACUGUCAUUCAAGGGGACAUCGAAUACUUCCAACGUUGUUAUCCUGAGCCCUCAUGGCUAGCCCAAAAGCCUUUCACAUAAAUAGCCCGUUUUUGGAGAGCAUAGACAUGUCAAAACGGAUGGGGACCGAAGUGUAUUUAAAAAUGGAAAGUUCCCAACCAUCCGGUUCAUUCAAAAUCCGUGGUAUCGGACACCUGUGCCAAAAGAUUGCAGGACCAGAGUCCAAAGGAGUUGUUUGCUCUUCAGGUGGCAACGCUGGGAUGGCCACAGCCUAUGUGGCACGUAAACUAAACAUUCCAGCAACUAUCAUUGUGCCUUCAUCCUCUCCUGAGCUGAUUAGGGAGAAGCUAAAGGACCAGGGAGCUACGGUCAGAGUAGUCGGCAAGGUGUGGGAUGAUGCCAAUGAUGAAGCCCUGCGUCUGACCCAGACUGAUGGCCUGACCUAUGUCCCACCCUUUGACCAUCCUCUGCUCUGGCAAGGCCAUGCCAGUAUUGUGAGAGAGAUCAAGGCCUCUCUUCCAUCCAAGCCUGGGGCUGUAGUUUUAUCUGUGGGGGGAGGAGGGCUGCUCUGUGGGGUGGUGAAGGGCAUGAAGGAAGUGGGCUGGGCCAGUGUGCCCAUCAUCUGCAUGGAGACUGAGGGAGCAGACUGUUUUAACGCAGCAGUAAAGGCUGGCAGGAUAGUCACCCUCCCUGACAUCACUAGUGAGGCCAAGUGUCUGGGUUCGAAGACGGUGUGCAGCCAGGCCUUUGAGUACAUUAAGGAGGGCAACAUGAACAUCAUAUCAGAGCUGGUCACUGACCAGCAGGCCUUGCAAGCAGUGGAGACCUUCCUGGACGAGGAGCGUGUGCUGGUGGAGCUGGCCUGUGGGGCUGCGUUAGCGGCUGUGUACUGUGGUGUCAUCCAUAGACUGCAGGGUGAGGGCCGGCUGCCUGUUCCCCUAGCAGGACCCCUAGUCAUGAUUGUCUGUGGAGGGAGCAGCAUCAACCAGGCACAGCUGGAACAUCUCAGGAAGGUCCUCAACAGAUGAACACAGAACAUGGAGCUCCUAGGCUGAGUCUCAAAUGUCACUCUAUUCUCUAUAUAGUUCACUACUUUUGACCAGGGCCUAUAGCCUUGUCCCAUAGUUUAUCAAACAAUAAAAUAUUUGGCUACAGCACAUACAGUACGAGACUAUUGGAUUUCCACCAGCAGGUCAUGGCUCCAGACUGUUUAAAUGAAAGAUUAUGAGGACCGAUACGUAAUUGUUUUUUUAUUGCAGCUCACCCUGUUGUAUACAUUUUCACAAUGUUGACUAAUGCCGCCUCUAAUUUCCCUGCUUUGCAAUCAGUGUCAGAUUUGGAAAAUCUCAUAGAAUAAAAUCUGAUAUACAAUUCA